ACAGGGCACAGGUAGGUAUUUUUCACAGAACUCUCAGGGCUUGCCAGAGCCCCCUUGCUCAUUCUUAUGGGAGUACUGUGAGGCCCAGGUUUCCUCAGUCAACCCAAGCGAAGGCUUCUGCCUGGAACACCUCGAACAUUUCCAAGUGACGUGGAGCAGGCGGGCCCAGAGGCCUCUACACUUCCUGUGUGGGGUUCAGACACCAACCUCCUCUGUCUUCAGCUGGUGCUUCUUCAGAAAUGAAGAGCAGGCUGUGUCCGCCAUCUUAGUAGAGCAAGCCUUCUGAGAAGGAUGCAGUGGAACGUUUUCUGGAGAGUUCUGGGCCUUGGCCUCCUAGUAGUUGGCACUUGGCAGGACGAUACUGAGGACCCUGAUAAUGAGACACCAAACCAUUAUAAAGUCUCCAUCUCAGGAACCAGGAUAGAACUGACAUGCCCUCUAGAGAAUGACAUAAAUUGGGAAAAAGAUGACAAACGAGUGUCGGAUGAGAAUGACAAACUUCUGGUGCUAGAGGAUUUUUCAGAAAUUGAGGACAGUGGCUACUAUGCCUGCUACUCGGGCUCCUCAAAGAACAAAUAUCUCUACCUGAAAGCGAGAGUGUGUGAAAACUGUGUGGAGGUGGACCUGACAGCAGUCGCCAUAAUCAUCAUCGUUGACAUCUGCGUCACUCUGGGCUUGCUGAUGGUCGUUUAUUACUGGAGCAAGAGUAGGAAGGCCAAGGCCAAGCCUGUGACCCGAGGAACCCGUGCUGGUGGCAGGCCCAGAGGGCAAAACAAGGAGCGGCCACCACCUGUCCCCAACCCGGACUAUGAGCCCAUCCGCAAAGGUCAGCGGGACCUGUAUUCUGGCCUGAAUCAGAGAGCAGUCUGACAGACAGGAGGGACAUUGCCUUCCAUGGACCCAAAUCCAGCCCUCUGAGUACCCUGCUAUUCCUUGUUCUCUGGACAAACUGUGGACCCUACAGGAUUGUUCUUCAGCCAUCUGGUGAACAUGCAUCUGGAAGCUUGCCUCUGUUUCCUCUCCUGCUGCCCCUGCUAGUAUCCCCUGAAACAUAGAUGGUCAGACUCUCAGCCAGCCAUCUUGUUAGGAUGCUUAUUCCAGCCACUCAUCCUUGCCAGUGCCUUCCAUUUGCACCGAUGUUAUCUUUGCCAUCAAGCCCCUCCUUUCCCUGCAUAUAAAUGGCUCUCUUCCCCAGCCCUUUUCUAUACCUUUCUGUUUUUCCAACUCUCUGUUUUACACCCUUCUCUGGGAAUGGGCUCAGUGAUCACUGGCAGAUGUCCUGGCCCAGCACCUGCCAUGAGCUCCUCUCCAGGUUUCAUCUUAAAUCCUUGGAUAGUCAUCUGCAUCUCUACGAACAUACCAGACUCCUCUCUGCUAAUGGAAAAGUAAUAAAGUGUAUUGGCUA